UGUCCUCCUGUGUGGGAAAAGGACUUAUCGGAAGUGAAUAAUUGAUGUUUGGACAGAAAUCUUACUUUCUCUCCUCACGCACAUCUCAUCCAUGUUUGGCAGAUACUUAUAUGCAUUCUUUCUGCAUAGGAAAGAAAAAGUCCAAAUUCAAAACGUUUAAGAAGUUCUUUGGGAAGAAGAAGAGAAAGGAGUCGCCUUCUUCCACAGGAAGUAGCACCUGGAAGCAAAGUCAGGCGAAGAACGAGGUUAUGGCCGUUGAGUCGGGACCAGUGGGCUACGACUCAGAGGAUGAGCUGGAGGACUCGAGGGGCACACUGGGAAGCCGGGCCCUCUCCCACGACAGUAUUUUCAUCCCUGAAUCGGGGCAGGACCCUCCUCGGCCCGUGCGUGUGUUCUCCCAAGAAAACGUGUGUGACCGGAUUAAAGCUCUGCAGUUAAAAAUACAGUGCAAUGUGAAAAUGGGGCCGCCUCCUCCUCCCGGGAGCCUUCCAGCCAAGCGGGGGGAUGAUGCCGGCAUGAGCUCUGAGGAUGAUGGUCUGCCCAGGAGCCCCCCAGAGACGUCCCUGCUUCAUGACGGCGCUACCACAAAGGCGAGUAUUGUUUCUCCGGACCAGCUCUUGUCCAGGCAAGCGAGCGAAACUUCCGCCUCCCCUAGGACCUCGGACAGCAGCAUGGUGCCCGUGGCUGACUUCGAUUACCCGCCAGAGUUCUCCUCCUGCCUGGACAACUCUGCGGCCAAGCACAAGCUCCUCGUCAAGCCCCGCAACCAGCGGUCCAGCAAGAUGAGGCGGCUGUCCUCGAGAGCACAGUCGGAAUCCCUGAGCGAUCUGACCUGCACCCCAGAGGAGGAGGAAGACGAUGAGAAACCGCUACUCCAAGUCAGCAAGGAGGAGCCGCCCAGCUCUGGGCAGCAGGAGGCAGGACAGGACGGAGGCUCUGAGCCAGAGGGCCCGGCCACCGUGCUGCCACCCGCGGGGCCGCGGCUGCGGCGGGCGCGCCUGCAGCACUGCCCGGCGCUCACUGCCAGCACGGAGGAGGAGAGCCCCCCAGGGGAGAACCCGUCCAGUCACCCGGCCACCCCGGAGGGCACCCCGGAGGCCACCCUGGAGGUCAUGGAGGUCACAGAGCCCCUGUCAGGCGGAGCUCCCCACUCGGAGUCCCCAUCCCGCCCGGAAGGCUCCCCUCACCCCAACCCCGACAGUGAGAACCAGAGGGAGGACGUGUCCUUGGAAAGCGCGUGUCCCCCCGGCGGGGACACAGCGGAUGAGGCGGUUUGUGCGUCGGGAGACAACGUCGAGGGUCGACUAUCUCCCUGUGUCCCCGAGGGGGACACGACCCCUCUUGAGCCGGGCCCGGCCGCCACCCCGGAGACGCCUCCUGGUCCCGACGGAACAGACAGGGCGGGCCAGAAGGAGACGCUGCCGACGGUGGACUUGCCGGCGCCCGAGGGUGCAGGGCCGGAAAGUCCGGCCGCGGCGCCCAGCCCGCCGCCCCCCAAGAGCUGCCUGAAGCACAAGGCCCCCUCGCCGCCCGCCUCCGAGGCGCCUCCCCAGGUGCCCGGACCCCGAUCCCCGGAGCAGGGGGCUGCCCCCCGGGGCCCCCCAAAGGCCGAGCGGGCGGGGUCCCCCUCGGGGGCCCCGGAGCGCAAGACGGAGCGUGGAGGCUGCGAGGCGAGCGGGGCCGCCAAGAAGUUCUCCGUGUCGUCUGGCCGGGAGUGGCCGCGCGCUGGAGGCCGCCUGCUGGAGCCCCGUGGCCCGGCCGUCCGGCUGCCGCUUCUCCGGAGCGGCCAGGCCUGGAAAAGCGAGGCCGCCCUCGACGACCUCCCGGGGGCCCCCGAGACCCAGGGCCCCAAGCCUGGCCCCCGGAAGUCGCCUGCCCCGGCCGAGCGCGGCUCUCCGGACACGGCCCACCCGGCUGCCCAGGAGCGGGCGACAGGCGGGGAAGGAGGCCCCUUCCCCGUCAAGCUCCGCUCCACGUCUCUGUCCUUCAAACACAGAGAAGCCCCCUGCCCGGAGGGGAAGGCCAUCAAGAGGUACAGCGCGGAGGUCAGGCUGGAGAGAGGAGGGCUGAGCUUGCUGCCCAGGGACGACAGGGGUCCUCCGGGGAGCGGCCCCUCCACCCGAGGCGCCAGGCCCCCCAGUGAGCCCGGGAAGGCCAAGACCCGGCCCGCGGAGCAGCUCAGCUCCAAGCCGCCCCUGCCCAGGAAGCCCUUGCUACAGACCCUCACGCUCCCGCAGCUGCCCGCGCCCCCCGACACCAGCUCUGGGGACCCCGAGAAGGUGGGGCUGCCCAUGGAGCCCCGGAAGGAGAGCCGGGCUGAGAGGAGGUCACCCCACAGGGCAGCUGGUGCCAGUUGCAGACAGCAUCCUCAGCUCCCCCCCCAUCGGUGUUACCCCAUGUCCACAGCACGCGGUGAAGGGUAGCACGUUCCGGUUUCCACCACGUGUUUCUUUUUGGCUGCACUGGGUC